GUCUCCGCUGCUCGGGACUAAAGCGCACGCAGCAGCUUUAAUUUUCCAGUGCACGCUCGCUCGCUCCGCUUCGGGGAGGGAGGAAGGAGGAGAGCUCGGGCUCUUUACAGCACGGAUACCACCUCCGAUGGACGCCAUAUAGGAGCAGAUAACACUCACAUCUUACUGUUUCUUCUCCUGGAGACUGUUACGCAUGCGAGUGCAAGUUUCGUGGGGGACAAACUUGCAAACGCGUCCUCGUGCGCCACCGGGCUUGAUGUGUUUUACGUGUCUGCGCUCGACAGUGAGGUAGACUGGCACGGCUUUCUUUUUACCGGCGUGGGGUCGAGCCCGUGGAUGCAGGUGCCGGGGUCGGUGCGUGAACCCCAUCGCAGGAUCAGCCGGGACUAGGGGCGACCAUGGUUCCUCCAGUUGUUCUGAAGUGGAUGAGGAAUAUGUCUCCGGAGAUGCUGCUGCUGCUGGUGCGGAUCCUGUGGGUUUUACCUGCGACCGGAGCGGCUCCUGCCAUGCGCACAGAUCAGCUGGACACCGGGGUGGACUGGCUGAGCAGGUUUGGCUACCUCCCGCCCCCCGACCCAGUGACUGGUCAGCUGCAGACCAAGGAGGCCCUGACCAAGGCCAUCAAAGCCAUGCAGAGGUUCGGAGGCCUGAAGGAGACCGGAGUCUUCGACCAAGCCACACAGGGUCUAAUGAAAACACCCAGAUGUUCUCUGCCAGAUGUGUCUGAGGCCGAGGGGACGAUGGGCCGCAGGAAACGAAGCCUGAUUCCACAGAACAAAUGGAAUAAAAUGCAUCUCUCCUGGAGAGUGAGGACCUUCCCUAAGGAUUCAGCCGGACUGGGCAGGGACACCGUUCGAGCCCUGAUGUACUACGCCUUGAAAGUCUGGAGCGACAUCGCGCCGCUCAACUUCCACGAGGUGGCCGGCAGCGACGCGGACAUUCAGAUCGACUUCACCAAGGCCGACCACGACGAUGGGUAUCCGUUUGACGGGCCGGGGGGCACCGUGGCACAUGCGUUCUUCCCCGGGGAGAGGUUCACCGCCGGGGACACGCACUUUGACGACGACGAGGCGUGGACCUUCAGAUCGCCAGACUCCCAUGGCAUGGAUCUGUUUGCGGUUGCAGUCCAUGAGUUCGGUCACGCCAUCGGCCUGGUCCACACCUCCGCCAUGGAGUCCAUCAUGAGACCGUACUACCAGGGUCCUGUAGGAGACCCUCUCAAAUACGACCUGCCCUAUGAGGACAAGGUCCGCGUGUGGCAGCUCUACGGUGUCAGAGACUCGGUGUCCCACACAAUCCGACCGGGCGGCACCUCGCAGACGCCUGAGCCUCCCGUCCUCCUCGACCUUCCUGAGAACAGGUCCAACGUUCUGCUGGCGCAAGAUGCCCCAGACAGAUGCUCCAGUCACUUUGAUGCCGUGGCCCAGAUACGAGGGGAGGCUUUCUUUUUCAAAGGAAAGUACUUCUGGCGACUAACUCGAGAGAAGCACCUGGUGUCUCUGCGUCCGGCUCAGAUCCAUCGCUUCUGGAGGGGCCUGCCGACCAACCUGGACGGCGUGGACGCCGUGUACGAGCGACCAGGAGAUCACAAGAUCGUCUUUUUCAAAGGUCUCAAGUACUGGGUGUUCAAAGACAAUAUCGUGGAGGAAGGUUACCCCCGUCCGAUCAGUGACUUUGGUUUGCCGCUGGAAGGCAUCGACGCGGCGUUUGUUUGGCUGCACAACGAGAAAACCUACUUCUUCAAGGACAACCAGUACUGGCGCUACGACGACCACCUGCGGCGCAUGGACCAGGGCUACCCCAAAGACAGCUCGCUGUGGAAGGGGCUGCCGCUGCACCUGGACGACGCCAUCAGGUGGUCGGACGGCUCGUCCUAUUUCUUCAAGGGGAAGGAGUACUGGAAAGUUCCGGGCAGUGACAUGGAGGUGGAGGCAGGUUACCCCCGCCUCAUCGCCAAGGACUGGCUGCUGUGCACGGAGAUGCAGUCGGACUCUCCGGACGCGGAGCCCAAGAGCACGGAGACGAGGGUCAACGUGCACCGCCAGCCGGACCACGCGGAGAACGGGUACGAGGUGUGCUCCUGCACCUCGGACUCCGCCUCGCCUUUGGGCGCCCGCUCCUCCCCCUCCCCCCUCUGGCUGCUGCCACCGCUCUGGACGCUCUCGCUGGCCCUCAGCUCCGAACUGCUAUGAUACCAGAGCACGGGACCAAGUUCCUGAGCCGACUGGUGGAGGGCCAGUGGACACAAUCCUACAACUGGAACAUUUAGUUCUCAUUUUUAUCAUUCGGCCUCGUAAUUGCUCUUGUUUUGUUAUUAUUUAUUUGGCGUGUGGUCGGUAAAGACACCAACCUGCCCACAGCGCUCUAUAACUGUUUAUUGAAGGAGGAGAUAGAAGGACUGUUCUUAUAAAGCUCUUUCUCACUAAGUCACAUUCACACAUUUACACAACAUUCUCAGUACAGCACUUUUUCUAUACCCCCCCACCAUUCAAACUAUCGUCACAGCCAUCAGGGGCAAUUUGUUACCUCGAUAUCUUGCCCAAGGUCACUUUGGAACACAGACUGCAGGAGCCAGGGAUCGAACCUCCUUCUGGUUCGUGGACGACCCACACAAGGGAAAUGGAUAUUGAUUACUUCUCAUCAUGAACAUUGAUCAAUGUCACACACACACACACACACAGAUGGAUACAAGGUUUCCUGGGUUGUAGGUGAACGACAUGCCGACACACAAUGCUGCCUAUUUUAUGAAAUGACAGCAGGUGGUUUCACCCAAAUGGGCACAACAUUAGUUUAAAAGUGCCAUAAACAUAUUAUCACACUUCCCUCUGGUGGUAUCUCAGCAUACAGAUGGUUCACGUUAUAUUUAAUAGUUUCUGAAAAACAGUAUCAGGAUUAGCUCAAUGGAGAAAAUCUACGCAGACAGACAGAUACGGAUAAAACAGAUAAAAUGGAGCAGUACCAAUGGAAAUCAUGGGGGGGCAGUUUUGCCAGUAGAUCAAGUGAGACGAUCAUAGGACACUUGACUCUGUGCUGCCCUCUAGAGGACAUAUUAUGACCACCAUGCUAACGUAACAGAUGCUUGGAGGUAUGUGGGCAGUGAAGGCAGCACAGAUCGUCCACAGAACUCGUUGGGAUUAUUUUUGCAGAAACUAGAACAGAACUUUGUGCAUUUGCAGGAAACCACCACAGAGAAGUGAGCUCUUUGGAAUAAUCUUUAUUAUUUGAGGGAACUGACCCUUUAAUGAACCCCAUAAUCCACACAUAUCCAUCAGGGUUCAACGUGAGGUGGGAACCAGACUUAAGUGCUUGUGACGGCUCUGGCUCUCGCCGACAGUUUGAAAACUUCUCACUGUGAGAGCGAGAGCGAUGCUCGCCACUUCUUCUUCUUCUUCUUCUUCUAAAUCCCACAGCGCUGCUCCGCAGUGAUGGGCUGCUGCUCAUGACUACAUUUCCAUGGUUUCAUUAUUUCCUCCUCUGGGUCGGAGGUUUGUCCCUGCUCCUGGUUCUCUAGUAUUUUUGUGUCAGAUUUCCCUGUUGACUUUUUACAUUGCUUGGAUCAGGUUAUAGAGUUUAUAGAGGCUUUUUGUGACUGUUGGACAGUUUCCCUCCUCACCUCUUCUAGUCCUUCUCCAACAUGGCGCCCAGAUUUAUUCUUGCUGUAAAGAUAUAUUUACCUAUAGACGGAUAUAUUUGAGUUGAGAGGUGCUGCAGCGGCUGCAUAACCAAGUGGGCUGUGUAUAUUUUAAGCUGUGUUUUCUAAUGUAAAAUAUUUUUGUAGAAAAAUAAAAGGAUCUGACUUUA